AUGUCAACACCCCUCUUCGGCAUCGUCCCCGCCGGCCACCCCCUCAUCACAGCCCCAACCUCCUCCCCAUCCCCCACAUCCUUCCUCUACGCCCUCCCCACGAACAAGCCCUUCUCCCACAUCGUCGUCUUCCUCCUCCCCGGCAUCGCCCUCCCCGACAACUCCGCCGCCGCGAUAUACCUCACCACCGCCCGCGAGGCCGCCGCCAGCCCCGCCCCCAACUUCCGCUUCCUCGGCGCCAUCGGCCCCGGCAAGGAGAGCGCCAUGUUCAAGGUCGCCGCCGGCGCCGGCUCCGAGACCAGCAGUGACGGCGGCCUCAUGAUUGGCAUCUCCGUCGAGCCCGCCGACGCCGUCGCCCCGCGCCUACAAGAACUCGCCGCCAACAAAGCGACACAACAACAACAAGCUUCCUCAACUUCUUCUCAGUCUUCAUCAUCAUCACCAGUGCCCACCGUCGUCCUUGCCCAGCGCAUCAUCCAAAACGCAUUCAACUUCCUCGCCAGCUUCAGCGGGACGGCGGGGCCCGGCGGCGUCGAGGUCGUUCCUCUCCGGGCCUUUGAGGAGUGGUGGCGCAAGUUCGAAUCACGAGUCCGAUCCGAUCCGAGUUUCCUCGAGAAGCAGUCUGACUGA